CUCAACUUCGCCACUUAAAGCUCUGGGGGUUGGAGGAAGAAACAGCCUCUUUAACUCAGCAACUCGACUGGCCCUGACGUCAGGCACUUUUCUUACACAGGCUCAGGAAUUUUGGCUGAGGAAUGUUCAAAUAUCUUCGCAAGAGAUUCACCAGGAGCCUCACAGGUCGCAACCGUAGGAGGGCCCGGCUGGUGUCCAAAGAUGGGAGAUGCAACAUAGAGUUUGGGAAUGUGGAUGACGAAUCGAGGCUGGCUUUCCUGGUGGACAUUUGGACAACUGUCCUGGAUCUGAAGUGGAGGUACAAAAUGGCCAUCUUUAUCUCAGCCUUCCUGGGCAGCUGGUUUCUCUUCGGCUUGCUGUGGUACGCGGUUGCCUACAUGCACAAGGAUCUCCCUGAAUUUAAACCCAACGAGAACCACAACCCUUGUGUGCAGAAUAUCAAUGGACUGACAUCCGCAUUCCUUUUCUCGCUGGAGACCCAGGUGACGAUCGGCUAUGGGUUUAGGUGUGUGACGGAAGAGUGUGGGGAGGCCAUCUUCCUGCUGGUCACCCAGUCCAUCCUCGGGGUUAUCAUUAACUCCUUCAUGUGCGGUGCCAUCCUGGCCAAGAUCUCCAGGCCAAAGAAGAGAGCCAAAACCAUAACAUUUAGCAAGAUCGGGGUCAUCAGCAAGCGUGGGGGCAAACUCUGCCUGGUUAUUCGAGUGGCCAACCUCAGGAAAAGCCUCCUGAUUGGAAGCCACAUCUACGGAAAACUCCUGAAAACCACCGUGACUCUGGAGGGGGAGACUAUCAUAUUGGACCAGGUCAACAUCGACUUUGUGGUGGACGCUGGGAACGAGAAUUUGUUCUUUAUCUCUCCUCUCACCAUCUACCACAUCAUCGACAAGUCCAGUCCCUUUUACGACAUGUCAUCAGAGACCAUCAACCAACAAGACUUUGAGUUGGUGGUUUUCUUGGAUGGCACCAUUGAAGCCACCAGUGCCACCUGCCAGGUGAGAACCUCUUACAUCCCAGAAGAAAUAUUUUGGGGCUACAGGUUCGCUCCCAUCAUCUCUAAAUCCAAAGAAGGGAAAUACAGAGUAGAUUUCUCCAACUUCAGCAAAACUAUACAAGUGGACACCCCUCACUGUGCGUACUGUCUGCAGAAUGAAAGGGACGCUAAGGUCACCCAGCACAAAGCCUACGACAACCCAGCCUAUCAGGUGACCGAGGUGAAUGAAACCAAAAUGUGAAGAGGAUUUCGCGUUUCCUCACCAGCGCCCCUCCUUAACGAGAGCAGACUUUUUGUUUCC